AUGAGGGGUUUCAUCAGGCAAACUGUGGUGGCUGCCAUACAAAUACAAUGCUGCCCAAUGAUCAGGCUGCAUCAAGAAGAUUUCAAGGCCGUCUUCUUUUGGACCUAUAAUCCCAUCCUGGCAUCUUACUUACGUACAACGGACCCUCGCCACGAUAAAACUCGGAUUGAGGCUACAAAGGGCGGCCUAUUGAGAGAUUCAUACAGCUGGAUCCUCCAGCAUAGCCAUUUCCAACAAUGGCGCGACGACGAACGCAGCCGCCUGCUCUGGAUCAAGGGCGAUCCCGGCAAGGGCAAGACGAUGUUGAUCUGCGGUAUUGUGAAUGAGUUAAGCUCUGAAACAAAAACCAACACAUUGCUAUCCUACUUCUUCUGUCAAGCCGCCGACGAGCGCAUCAACAGCGCUACGGCCGUGCUGCGAGGCCUUAUUUAUCUGGCUGUUGAGCAGCGCCCGCAGCUGAUCUCCCACCUACAAAACAAAUAUAAGUAUGGGGGGGAGGCAAUGUUUAAAGAUGUAAAUGCAUGGACUGCAUUAUCAGAAAUCUUCUCAAAUAUUUUAGAAGAUGCAAGCCUGGACCGGACUUAUGUUGUUAUCGACGCACUUGACGAAUGUGUAACCGACCUACCAAAGCUGCUCGACUUUAUCAAUACAAAUCGUAACUGGCUAGAGAUUAAGGAGCGUCUUAAUUCAGCCGCUCAGCAAAUGAGGCUAUGCCUAGAGCUCAACGAAGAGUCUAUAUCUGCAGCCAAGAAAUACAGUGCUACAAUAAAAGAUGCUGUUUACCACCACUUAUCCUCUAAUUCCAAUAAUACCUUCCUCUGGGUGGCCUUAGUUUAUCAGAGUCUAGGGAGGAUCUCAUUGCAGAGUCCUCUCCGAACGUUAGCCGAGUUUCCGCCUGGACUCGAUUCUUUAUAUCAGAGGAUGCUGGAGCAAAUACAUAAUUUAGAGGAUAGCGAUGCUCAGUUUUGUUACCAGAUCCUUGCGACCGUGUUGCUUGUGUAUCGGCCUGUUACAGUGGCUGAGCUUAGCACCCUUAUUAAGUCUCCAGACAAUAAUCCCGCAGAUACCGAGUUAAUCAACAAGGCAAUAGGACUUUGUGGCUCAUUUCUCACUAUGAAAGACAGCCAGGUUUAUAUUAUCCAUCAGUCAGCCAACGACUACUUAAGCAAGGCGAUGCCUAAUAUCCUCCCCCCUAGCUGCGCCGACGUCCAUGGUGUCAUCCUCAUGCAGUCAUUACAAACUAUGUCUACCACGUUACAACGGAAUAUCUAUAAUUUAUACCCUCCUAGACUCCCAAUCAACAAAAUCAAAGCUCCAGAUCCAGAUCCGCUAGCUGCUAUAGGCAGCAAUAGGCAGUCUCAGGACCAAGUUGACCAUAGGUGCCAAGAGGUCUUCCUAUUCCUUCGGAAGUACUUCCUAUACUGUCUUAAAGCUUUGGGCCUUAUGGGUAAUGUAGAGGAUAGGGUUCUUUCAAUAAUAAAGCUAGAGAGUCUACUAAAAUCAUCCAACUACCAAUUACUAGAACUUAUCCAAGACUCACGGCGAUUUAUUCGGCAGAACAGUUCAGUAAUUGCAGAUAGUCCACUCCAGGUAUAUGCAUCUGCGCUUAUCUUCAGUCCAUUAAACAGCUUAAUACGGAAAGCUUUCGAAAAAGAAGAACCCGAAUGGUUAAAGGUUAAGCCCGCAGUCGACUACCAUUGGAGCCCUUAUUUACAAUCACUGGAGGGCCAUAGAGAAGAAGAUGCAACAACAGGCAAAGUGCAGCAAACACUAAAGGGCCGUAGCGAUAAAAUUAUCUCAGUAGCCUUCUCGCCGGAUAGCCGUUACCUUACCUCAGGAUCACGAGAUAGCACUAUUAAGAUCUGGGAUACAAUAACAGGCAAAAUGCAGCAAACACUAAAUGGCCAUAUACGUCAGGUUAACUCAGUAGCUUUCUCACCGGAUGGCCGCUACCUUACCUCAGGAUCAUGGGAUAACACUAUCAAGAUCUGGGAUAUAACAACAGGCAAAGUGCAGCAAACACUAAAGGGCCAUAGCGAUAAGGUUAACUCAGUAGCUUUCUUACCGGAUGGCCGCCACCUUACCUCAGGAUCAUGGGAUAACACUAUUAAGAUCUGGGAUACAACAACAGGCAAGGAGCAGCAAACACUAAAGGGCCAUAGCAAUGUGGUUACCUCAGUAGCCUUCUCACCACCAGAUGGCCGCUACCUUGCCUCAGGGUCAUGGGAUAACAAUAUCAAGAUCUGGGAUACAACAACAGGCAAGGAGCAGCAAACACUAAAUGGCCAUAUACGUCAGGUUAACUCAGUAGCUUUCUCACCGGAUGGCCGCUACCUUGCCUCAGGGUCAUGGGAUAACAAUAUCAAGAUCUGGGAUACAACAACAGGCAAGGAGCAGCAAACACUAAAUGACCACAACGGUCAGGUUAGGUCAGUAGCCUUUUCAGCAGAUGGCCGCUACCUUGCCUCAGGGGCAGAUCACGCUAUCAAGAUCUGGGAUGCAACAACAGCGGCACAUGACGCUAUUAAGAUCUGGGAUGGAAUAACAGGCAAAGUGCAGCAAACACUAGAAGGCCAUAGCAAUUGGGUUGACUUAGUAGACUUUUCGGCAGAUAACCGUUACCUUAUCUCAGCGGCACGCGAUAUGACUAUUAAAAUCUGGGAUAUAGCAACAGGCCAAGAGCAGCAAACACUUGAUAGCCCAAGCUCUGGCUCUGGAUUCGGAUUGGGCUCAGGAUCAAGAUCGACGCCGACUCGUUGCUGA